UUUCUAAAUGCCGCUGCUGUACUUACUAAGUUGCACCCACCUCCCCAAUCCUAAUAAACCAUGUUGAGGUUGUAUCCUGAUGUCCAAUAUAUGACCUCUCAAAAUGAAAAUAGCGUUACGGAAUAUUUCCUAAGAUUGUUCACUUGGGAAAUUAGACUGCAUAGUCCCAAUUGAUCUAUGGGAGUAAUUAAUCAGGUUAAAUCCGAAGUUCAGCUGAUCAGCCAUACGUGUAUUCAUACUUCGGUCCUAUGCAACACAUUUUGAACCUCUGUGCAUAUCGUGAGGCGUGCUUUUGUGUACUAUCGUGUUAAGUUAUCUUAUUCUGUUUCGUUUCUUCCUAGUGGAAUGUUCUGUCGGCUAUAGCUGAGGUUAACGUAAUUAGCGCAAUGCCCUAAAUUAUUCAAUGGAUAUGUAAGCUUGACUUACGCGUCGUUUGCCUAGGCUGAUAAUGCUCUGUGUCAUGUAAUUUUAUUUAUCUUCUCACACUGUAAAUCAAAUGUAUUUCUGCUGGUUGCGAUAUUGGUCAAAAUUAAGCUAUAUAUAUAUUUAUAUUUGGCGAGUGUCUCUAGUGUAUAUACUCAUUACUAGUAUACUAGUAAUGAGUAUAUACAUAUAUGUAUAUGUUGUAUCCCUUUUUUUGGGAUGAGAUCUGUCAGCGAGAACUUGGACAGAUUUUGUCGGACAUUUUUUCACACAUUAAUAAAUGGAACAAGCUGUCUAGACGGUGAUUUUUUGACGGAUGUUAACUUGUUGCGAAUGCACACUAGUCUAAUAGAUAUUUACGUGAGCAUGGGUAUUAUUUGCACAAGAACAACUUGGACACUUAGGUGAUAGAACUUUGUAGUAGAAUAAUUUUAUUUGAUGUAGCAAACAGAGGCACUGUGUUGUUUACUUCCCCUAAUAAUUUUUCAGGUAGAAUUUCUUUAGUCGUGCCAUGUGACUCACAUAUGUUUCGAAAUCGGUACACAUGUUUUAUUAUUUCUCACUCUUGAUUUAUUGAUAAUAACAUUUUCUAUACUCGUGGCUUUCGUGUUGUGUUAAUCCAGUUACAAGUGUAACAGGUGAUUCUUCUUGGAAAUCUGACAUUUUGACAGGAACACUCGCGUAAAGUCCUACUUUAUCUCCUUAGUGAGUCAGUUGGGCGUACAAACCUAACGAGUACUGUCUAUUAGGAUUUUUAAAAAGUGCAUUUAUUUCUUAAUAAGACCGGAGAUAUAUUAGGUGUUUAUAGCAAAGUGCACAUCGAAACACUAAACAUACUUAAAGUAGUAUCUGAAUAACUCGAUUUGAAAUGCGUACUUAUGUGCUACUUGGGUGCUGUUAGCGUUGGCUACGUUGUAAAUUUUCAGAUCCGUCUACAACCACUUAAAAUUCCCAAUUAACUGGUGUUUUAAAAAUUCAGAAUUGAAAGUUGUUCGUAAGGGAGAAUGAUUUAUGAGAUUUAUGCAAGCAAAGCAAAAAUUUUCUUUCAUAUACAGAUUUAGUAAUGCCCUGGAAAUAAUUACCACUUGCCUUUCAAGUUUGACCGUCUUGUUGUCACAUAAAAGUUCUUUAAAUAAUGAUAUUUUCUAAAUUUCUCUUUUAGCAGUCUUAUGUUCAUAUUCAGUCGUUGUAGAACCACUUAAGCUCAAAUGAUUUACUGUUAAACUGUAUUCAUAUGGGGGUUUCAAUUCUAUUGACUAUAAUAUGCCAGCUUGUUAUUACUUUUGGGCCAGUACUAAUAUUGUCAGUGGAUGAUAAUAACAGCUGUGGCAAAAGUUUUCAAUUCAAGCCAAACAGAGUUAUUUUAACACAGAAAUCAAUUUCCGCUGGCGCUAAAUUUAUCAAAAAAUUAAGAGUUUCCUCAUUUAAAGAAUGCUAUUUCGUAUGUUGUAAUACAAAUGAGUGCAGUACAGCGAUUUUCGAUUCAAAGGUUACACAAUCCUGCUUUUUGUUCGAUUGCCGACCGCCUGCCCAAUGCUUUUAUUCUAGUCAUUCCAAUUAUGAUAUCAUCUACCUCGAAGAAACAAGUGUUAAUCAGAGUUUAAAGAAGAAGGUUGGUUUAAAUCAGCCCUGUGACUCAGAUAAUCUGUGUGAAGAUGCUAAAACCGUAUGCUCAGUUGGUGUAUGUGUUUGUCAGUCGGGUUGGAUUGCAAAGAAAGGCAGUUGUGUUCAGUCUGUUUGUAAAUCUCCGGAACUUCAAUUCCAAUGUGAUGAUUCCUCUGCUUGUGUAGCUAUUUAUGACAAAUGUAAUGGGAUAGUGGAAUGUCCAGAUGGAUCAGAUGAAUUGUCAUGUCCUUCAAGGCUGGAUAAAAGAAAUGAAACAAAAGCAUCUUCAUCGUUCUCAUCAACAUCAUCUGUGUCACCCGUAAUGUCUCAUAAUCAUAAACUAAGUGAAUUAGACGAGAUUACACUAUCUAAAUCUCAACUAAAUGAAAGUUAUCAACUACCAUUUGAAAGAUUUCAUUCGUUAAGUCAAAAAUUACCAAGUACAACAUCAUCACGUCGUAGUACAACAGUGACAGCACCAUCAAAAACAACAACAACAACAUCACCUGUUUACCUUGAUUUAAAUGAUUUUUCUGAUCCAUCAGAAUCAAUUCUAUUUCCUAAUCAACCAAAUUCACAUAAUACUAAUACUAAUAACAAUAAUAAUAAUAAUGAUAAUCAUCAGCCUCAACAUCGUCAUCGAGAACAACAGUUAUCAAGAUCGAAUCCGAUUAAAUUUAAUCAAAAACCAUUAUUUGAUGUUGAUGAAAGAGUCUCUUCAUCGUCACCAUCAUUUCUGUAUGAUGUGCAUAAUAAAAAUAAUGAUAAUAGUAAUAAUAACAACGAAAACAAUCCAGAAAUAUACUUUUCAACAAAUGAUAAUCCAUGGCGUUAUCCUAAAGCACUAUUUCAUGACAUCCCUUUAACACACAGAGAUGACUAUUCAUCACCAUCACAAUACUCACCUAGACGACAUUUACCAUCACCACCAUCGCCUAGUCAGCCCGAGAGUCGUAUAUUUACUACUUCACGUAUGAAAUUAUACGAUGAUGCGGUAUAUAAGCCUAGAUCAUAUGAUCCAUCCUCCUCCUCUGCAGCAGCGGCAGCAGCAUCACAGUUCGAUUAUCUUCAGUCGCAUCGAAAUGAUCUUGCCUUUAUGCCAUAUCAUCAUCAACAUCAUCAUACUUCAAAUAAAUUUUUGCAUAAAACAAAUCAUGAUGAGCCAUCAUUUUAUCAUCAUUAUAAUCGUUUAAGUCAUAAUCAACAACAACAGCAACAACAACCAGAAAUGAUGAUCGAUCCAAGUAUAUUUGAAAAUAUGGAAUUUUAUAGUAAUAAACUUAGUGAUACACCUGAUUCAUUAAGAAAGUAUUCAUUAUUUCAUGAACCGAAACGUAUUAUUCAUAGAAGUGAAUUUGAAGAUGCUGGUCGUAGAUCUAACAUGCAGAAAAAAGAACUAGACAAUGAACAUGAACACUCAUCAACUAUUGCUAAUCUUCAAAUAACAACAACUGAUUCCUCUUCACAAAGUAUUAUCACGGCGGUGAAACAAAGUCAAUCAGAAGGGCAUACAUCAGCACUAUUGUUAGCUUUUAGUCUUGGCUUAGUGUGUUGUUUUAUAGGCUUAUUGAUUGUUGAAUGGAGACGUCGUCAAAAACUACGCUUAUGGUCAGCAAAACCGUAUCGUUCACAUCUUCAACCACCUCCAGAACAGUCAAUUAUAUUUGGUGGUACUACUACUGCCGGUGGAGGUCGAACAAAAAUUUCUAUGUCUAAAUUGAAGUCAUAUCGUAAGUCGAAAAGGAGUUGUCUAGCAAAUGAAAAGAUGAAUAAGACUUCCUCUAAUCAUUGCAACAGUAGCAAUAAUAACGAUAAUAAUAUGGAUGAGGAGAAAGCUUUAUUCGAUGAUUUAGUUUUGUGAAUUUCAUUCACCAUUCAUUAGUAGAAAUUCACUUUCUUUCAUUAAAGAAUAAUGACAUGCAUUUAUGUCUGUAAUUUUUAUUUCUUGAUUUCUUCUUCGUCAUGUUUUUUUUCGUUUUGUUUAUUUUUUUUUCUCAUUCUUCCAAACAUCAUCAUUCCACAUCAUCGCACACCACAUCAUACACAAUGUCUUUUGACUUUUAUCAUUGCUUUUGUUUUGUUUUUUGCUUGUUUAUGUUCAAGUAUUUUUAUUUAUUUUAUAUUUAUUUGUGUAUUUGUUUUAAUUGUCAGUCGAAUAGUGUUAAAUCAGUCAGUCAACUUGAGUUUUUACCUUAUUGUUUUUGGCAUUUUCUUCAUUUUGGCAUUUAUUCAUAAUAUUUGUUUUUUUUAUAACAUCAAUCGUCACAACAUUUAUUUCCUCGUACACAUACAUCUCCUCCUCCUAUACAUACACAUUCCAAUCAUGAAUGAAUGAAUGAACAGGCAAACAC